AUGUCUGGUUCAACAAAACAUUUUGUUAAUAUGAAAAUAAAUACUCGACGAAUAAUAGUAUUUGGUAAAUCAAAUGAUCCUGAUUCACAACAAGUUAAACAAAUAUUUGAACAAUAUUUUUUACCAAAAGAUACAUAUGAAUGGAUUGAUAUUGAAAAAAGACAAGAUUGUAAACAAAUAGAAAAUUAUUUUCGUUUUCUUUGUUUUACUGAUCGACGACAGACUCCAUAUAUCUUCUUGGCGGGAAACUAUUUCGGUACUUUGAAUCAAUUAUAUUAUACUCAUAUUCAAGGAAGAUUAAACGAAAUAUUGAUUUCUGUUAUUCGAUCAAUACCAUCAAGAAAAUGUAAUGAAGGAUCUAUUGUGUCAGAAAAAUCAAUAACAAAUUAUUAA